UUAGGAGAUUUUUUUGUUAAGGUCGGAAAAAAAUAGUAAAAAGUUGAAAUUUGCAGUAUGCAAUCCUUUAACCGUUCUCAACAACAUACUAAAAGUCCUCAUGUAUCCCGCUUGAGCUUUUGUUGUAUUAACGCCAGAACCAUACACUACCUUUGAACGGAAAUUUUGGCAGAUUGAAUACAUUUUGUUGGAUUUGGUUGGAUUUGGCAGUUCAAAAGUGGAAGCACUGACAAUAACAAUUGUCUGCAGACGCUGCGAAUUGAAAAUAUCUCAGUUAAAAAAAUGACGUUUUUUGUGUUAUUCACUUGAUGCGAAGAUUCAAAAAUAAUCAGAGACUAAAAAAUAAACAUUGUCAGUAUGAACCAGCAGAGCAUUUGCAUUCUAUGCGAUGAAGAAUUGUUAGCAGAGGAAAGUGUUACUGUGACAAGAGGAAUGGAGACCAUUCGAAAAAGCAGUGAACAACGCGGGGAUGGAAUCGCAGAAAGAUUGGACGGCCUUUCAUCAAUCGAUGUGCACAUAAUAUGUCGUAAAAACUACACACGUCAAUCCAGUAUUAAGGCCGUGCUUCAACCUUCUCCCAAAAAACAAAAAACCCUUAGAUCUUCAAUGACGCAAUUUAACUUCAAACAGCACUGCUUGUUUUGUGGCGAUGACUGUGAUAUUUCAAUUGAAACAAAAAAGCCUUUAGCCAGACGGAAAAGUAUACACGAAAUACGAACAAUAACAUGUAAAACCACGAUUGCUAAUGCAGCAAGUGAACGUGAUGACGAAUGGGGACAAAUCGUACUCUCGCGUGUUGAAUCCGCAAUAGACUUGGUGGCUGCUGAAGCCAGGUACCAUGGAAAUUGUUAUGCAAAUUUCUUAAAAUUGCCAUCAAAACGUAAGCCAGGUCGUCCACAAGACAACGAUUUGGCAGAGGCAUACGAAAAGCUGUUCUCAUACUUGAGUGAAAAUGAUGAAUGUCAAUACUCGGUUGAUGAGUUACUUCAUAAACUUGCAGAGUAUCUUCCACAAUCUAAAGACCUAUGUUCUGAGAAGACAUUGAAGAAAAAACUCGAAGAACACUUUGGGGAUGACGUUAUUAUUGCGAGCAGACGAGGAAAAACACCAGUUGUUUGUUUUAAAGACACUGGAUUCAAGAUUCUCAACAACUCUUGGUAUGAACAACGAUCACAAAGCCAAGAAGAAGAACGUUUGCGUGUCGUAAAGGCUGCAGCUGCAAUUAUACGAGAAGAUAUUUGCUUAAAAGCUUUCGACACUUCUGUGUAUCCAACAUCUGAAGCAGCAUUCGAUGAUACGUCCAUUGUCCCAGAAACAUUGAGAACCUUCACACAUACUGUGGUUAACAAAACCAAGAAAGGAAAUACUGCUGGAAAGACACGAAAGUGUACAGUUAUUAAUCAUUCCAUAAUCUCAGCUACUAGACCCAGGUCUUUCCUCUCCAUGAUACAUGUUGGACUUUCCGUGUACAUACAUAGACAUUUAGCAUCUCGGCAUUUGAUAGACUUACUAUCCAGUAUUGGUGUCUGCGCAUCAUACAGUGAAGCAAGGCGGUAUGAAGCCUCGGCAAUGCUUGGCAAGCAGCAAAACGUCAGUGAGGAAUCAUUCAAGCAAUUCGUAUUCGACAACGCAGACUUUAAUAUACGGACCAUAGAUGGAUAUGGAACAUUCCAUUCCAUGGGUGGGGUUAUGUGUGUUACACCAGCUUCAGGAGUUAAGUCACAAUCUGAUAUAGAGCGUGUAAAGACAUGUCCGCCAGCAGAAAAAAUAGCAGCAGUGAAUAAUGUGAAACUACAAAGAUAUAGUGCAUCCAACACCAAAGGUAUUCAUAACAUUGUGGUGGAAAACCCAGCCAAAAUCCGACAACUUCAAUCAGCCAAUCCAGUUCACAGUUUCCUUGACUUUUUAUGGAUGAGUGGUUCAUGGCUUUCGCCACCCAAAAAUCCAAGUUGGAGUGGAUAUAUGGAGUUGGUAACCAAAGGCAUUAUUAAUUACCAGACAUCUAAGGUUAUAACAUUACCAUUUGUCAACUUGCCACCCAGCAGCUUGGACGCCAUUUACACGGUUCUUAAAUUUGCAGCAAAUGAGUGCGAGAAAUAUGGGCAGCAAACAUGUUUUGUUACGUUUGAUCAGCCCUUGUACGUAAAAGCGGUGGAUAUGGUGGCUGCUUCCUCUAGUGGCAGUGAACUCUCUUCUGUCAUUGUUAGACUUGGUGGUUUCCAUCUGCUGAUGUCAUUCAUGGGAGCUGUUGGUUACAUAAUGGGUGGGAGCGGCCUGAAAGAGUUGUGGAGUCUUAUAUAUGCAGUCGACUCAGUUGAGAAGAUGCUGAAUGGACAUGCUUAUGCUCGAGCAUUACGAGCACAUUUUUUGACACAGCUUGCGUUGAUAAUCGUCAUCUUGCGCAAUGCGGAAAUCGAUGAUUUGACCAUCGAACAGAUUGUUUGUCUUCACGAGUCGGUAAUGGACAAUAGUACUUCUCAUGUAGAUGCUUCUAAAAGUCCGGCACUUAAUCGUGUCAUAGAAAAGAUUGAGGCAGUUCAGCUUUCUGCCAGUAAUGAAAGUCGAACAGCUGCAUUGUGGGUGCAAUAUAUAAAUCAGGUAAUGCUAAUGCGUGAUUUCAUACGUGCUGAAAGAUGUGGUGAUUGGAAACUUCACCUUGUAACAAUCCGGAAAAUGCUUCCGUAUUUCCAUGCAUCGGCUCAUCUCGCAUAUGCAAAAUGUGCUCACUUAUAUAUCCAACAGAUGUCAACAUUAGAAGAGAAGAUGUUGCCAAAUGAAUUCGAAGCCUUUACCUCUAAAGGUUACUUCACAGUGAGGCGAACGGACAAAAUGUGGGCAGGAGUAUGGACAGACAUGACCAUAGAACAGGUACUAAUGCGGGCUAUGAAGACGUCAGGAGGUCUGACAAGAGGUCGUGGGAUGACAGAGAGCGUUGUUAGUCGUUGGGUGUUGGGUAUGCCAGGUUGUAGUGAAAUUACUCAACACUUUGAAGCAUUUUGUGAUGUUACCUUCACCACAAGCGAGCAACAUGUAGAACUUAGAAUGUCUCGUCAAUUGCGAGAUCAGAAAGAUGUUGAUACCCUUCUUCAGUGGCUUAUGGUUCACAGUCCCAUGAUGUCAACCAAGGAAUUGAUGUCAAUAGCGACUGGUGUCGUGGCUGACAACACAAUAAAUUGUGAUGCUGCUGUUAAAGUUGGAACAGAAGCAAUGCAGAAAAUAUUGGGAAAGACGUUUGGAGACAUCCAACUGCACAGAAAAGACAAAGUUCUUCCACUGUCCUGUGUCAACAACUCGGUAAAAGUACGUGAAGAGGUCAUUCCUGUAAAUACCAUGCAGUUGUUUAACAGAAUUGUUUGUGUCAUCAAAACAGAUGAAGAUUUCGCCUCUUGCCUAGAAUAUGAACUAGCUCCCAGACCAUUAUCACUCUUUGAUGAGAUAUCAAUGAGAAAAACUCAGAAAUCGGUCAUGUAUGAUGUCAUAGAAUCUGUAGCUGAUAGUCAACAGACAUAUCCUGCAGGUAGUACCGUCGUCUUGGAUGGUGGAUACUUAUUGAGACGAGUGAUAUGGCCGCAACAUGGCUCAUACAGUGACAUAUAUUCAUCAUAUGUGACCUAUGUUCAAAAACACUAUGAAACACAAAGGGUCGUUAUUGUAUUUGAUGGCUAUAGUGACGCUCCGUCCACAAAGUGUGCUGAGCAAAAUCGGCGAGCAAUGAAGGCGCAGUCGACAGAGAUCUUGUUCACGGAUGACAUGCCUAUUACUAUCCGUCAAGAAAGAUUUCUGACAAAUGGAAAGAAUAAAGCACGGUUUAUUGAAGGUCUAACGCGAUAUCUUGAACAUGCUGAGAUAGAAGUGAAACAAGCGGUAGCAGAUGCAGAUGCGUUAAUUGUGCGAACUGCAAUUGAUUUGUCGACCAACAACAACGUUGUCGUAGUCGGAACUGAUGUCGACUUGCUUAUUUUGUUGAUACAGCUAUCGAAGAAAGACAACCAACUCUAUCUGUACAAACAAGGAGCUGGAAAAUGUCCAGAUAAAGUAUUUUCUAUCAGAGAUGUUCAGAAACAUUUGACAGAAGUAUCCAGCUCGUUGUUCUUUCUGCACGCCAUGACAGGUUGUGACACUACCUCCGCCCUGUACAGACAAGGCAAGAAGAAGGCGUUCAACCUCUUACAGAAAAACGAGGAAUUACGGCGCGAGGUGGUGAGUGUAUUCAACGAUCCAACAUCUUCCCCUGAUUCUGUGUCAUCCGCGGGAGAAAAGUUUCUUCUGGCAUUGUAUAGUGCUCCUAAGUCAACAACUUCUCUGAAUGAUCACAGACACAAACGAUUCAUGAAAGCGGUAGCUAACUGUCCUGUUAACAACCAGAUGCAACUCGCGGCUUUGCCACCGACAUCUGCAGCAGCAAAGGAACAUUCAUUCAGAGUGUAUCAUCAAGUGCAACAGUGGUUAGGAGUGGAGUUGCCCCCAACUCAGUGGGGCUGGCAAUUGAAAAAUGGAAACCUGCAACCGGUUCUCACUCGUCAAGCACCUGCGCCUGAAAAACUGUUAACUUUGAUUUCUUGCAAUUGCAAGAGUGGCUGUGAGCGAUCAUGUGGCUGCAAGAAAGCAGGUUUGGUUUGCACCGUUCUGUGUGGCCAUUGCAACGGAAAUGGCUGCAGUAAUUCUGAAUCACCAAUUGUAUGUGAAUCAGAAAUGGAUGGAGAACAUAUUUUUGAUGAAAAGAGCGAAGGCAUUGAUGUUAUUUCCGAUUCGCCGAUAUUGGAAAAUGAAGCAUUUGAUGUCCAUGUGCCUGACGAAGAGUUGUCAAUAGACAAUCAAUCUGAUGAACUUGAAUUUCCAUCAGCAACUGCGAAUCCACGAAAGCGGAAAAGUAAAACAUAAACAUAUCGGGACAGUGUACAGUCUUUCGUGUAAUAGAGUUGGGUGGAACCCCUGGCUAGGAUUCUUGUGAAACGUGUUUUAAUAAUAUUCACUUGUCAACUUUACUGUGAAAAUUCCAGUUGUUACUUUGUGUCAGGUAAUUUUGUAUGUUAUCGUGCUUAUGACGUCAUAAUAUUGCUGUUUAGUCUAAAGUAAUAAUUUUACGUACCAAAACAUAUUUUAAAAAAUCCAUAUUUAGCGCAAAUAUAAGUAAUGACGUCAUGACCUCAUAACGGCAGAAGCUCCAGUCGGAUACAUGAGGACUUUUACUAUGUUAUCAAGGUCACUGAAAUGAGUGAAUACCCCAAUUUUCAACUUCUUACUAAUUUUUUCCGACCUUUUUUACCAUUUUGA